AUGGUGCAGCAGAUGCUGGCUGGACUCUUCAUUGUCGGGGGAUUCUUUCCCAUAAUCAUGGCAGAAUCCUCACUCACCCUGCUGACGAAUGAAAACAAUGUGAUCACGGGCCGAUUCAUCGACUUCCUGCUGAUCUCUCUGCCUUCUUGUGUAUACGGCGGCCAAAACGUGGAUGUGGAGUAUCAGAAUGUGAACACCAGUCAAACCAAUACCCUGACCAACAUUUUCACAGUUGCAUAUUGUCAGAGCAGUGGCAGCUCAUCUGGACUACUCGCGGUUAGAAGAAGACUUGGUUACCAACUAACGGGCCUCAACAGUAACACAGAGUACAAGAUUCGCUACAAGAUUGGCUCAACGUACAGCAACUAUUUAAUGGCAACUACAAGAAAAGUGUUUGACCACAAAGGCAUCAACACCGGCCUUUCAGGAUGGAGCGCAGCAAUGAUAGUCAUCACCGCCACGCUGUCUGUGGCCAUGUUCUUCCUGCUCCUCAGCUUCAUUCUCAGUCUAGUGCUGUCGAAUAAUGGACACUAA